AUGGCAGUUGAUCAAGAGGACGAAGAUGUUGCUAUUGUUGAUCCUCCUCCUCUGGGAAAAUUGGGUCCGCGCAAAUGUGAGAUGGCGGUGGACAACAUUGAGAACAAGGUAGCGUUUGGUGUUGCUUAUGAGGAGGGAGGUGAAAUGAGUACAACAAUUCAUGGAGUGCCUCUAAAAGCAGGAUUUAUUCAUGUCAGGGUGGAUGGAAGCAUCAAGGGAGAUGCUUUGGUUCCUGUGCCAGUAGUUGGUGAGAUAGAAACCGUCGACCAAGCUAUUGGCUCUCAUUUAGCAUGGCCUAGAGACAUGAUCAUUUUUAGCCCCACUGUUGAGAAAAAGAAAAAGGCAAAGGUGCAGGGUGAGCUGCAGAGAGUGCACGCCCUUUUUAAUUCUGUGAAUCCAAAGGAGGAUGUGCCUCCUCGCUUUAGGGUGUUGUACAAAUUUUCAAAAACUAUGAUGAAAGAAAGUGGUAGCUCGAUACCAGUUCCAUGUGAUGCUCAAGUCUUUGGAAUGGAAAGAACGAUUUAUCUACUCGAAGAGAAUGUAACUGUGUUGUUAGAGUUUAAUAUGAUUGGUCAAGCUGUAAUAUCAACAUAUAUGGCGUAUUUGCAUUCUGGGUUUAGGGACACACCGGGUAGAGACUUAUCAUCAUCGUUUGCAUUUCUUCAUCCAGCCACAUAUAUGCUGAAUGAUAAAUUUAACGCCUAUGUUGUGCAAAGGCUGAAAGAGGGAGUAAAUCGCAUGAACUUCAUGCCUUUUAAUUACAAUUUGCAUUGGAUUUUGGUCGUGAUUUGGGAAUCUGAAAUAUUCAUCCUCAAUUCAUUACCUCAUUAUCCACAUCCUGAUGAACUAGAAAAGGCAUUAAUGAGAGCUGUUCGUGCUCAUAAUGCUGAGUUAGGACGGAGAUGCCCUAAACAACCAGGUGGCACAGAAUGUGGAUAUGCGGUCAUGCGAUUUAUGAAAGAUUUAGUUGAGGACCCGGACAUGAAACUUUUAGACAAGUGGGCUGCUAGGAGUCGCAAGACUUACUCUAAUGCGGACCUCGACAUUGUUCGGCUCGAGACACUGGAUUAUAUCCAGUCAAUUAUGUAG